AUGCAAACCGGUCCACAAAACACUCGUGAGAACGUUUUAUUGGAAUUGAUUGUGCAACUGGCUGCUGAACCAGCAUUUAAUCAGUUGAGGACAAACGAACAACUUGGAUACAUUGUGCAUACGGGAACACGUCGAAGUUGUGGAACGCAAGCAUUUGAAAUGUUGGUACAGGGCAAACACGAUCCAGAGCAUAUGAACAGUCGAAUAGAGAAUUUCUUGCAGACAUUCAGGAAGAAUUUGGAAGAAAUGCCCGACGAAGAAUUCAAAGACAAUGUGGAAGCAUUGGCCGCAAAACGACUGGAGAAGCCAAAAACGAUGGGUGCGAAAUCGGCACGUUACUGGGCUGAAAUUGACGUUGGAUUCUAUCAUUUCAAUCGAGCACUUUCGCUGUAUCCUUUACCACAGCCAGUUAUUGAAAUACCACCGCUGGCGUCAAAAAACGACGAGACUCUACCGAAUUGA